AGGUUUUAAAUGAACCUCAAUCAGAACUCUAAGUUCUUUCUGGGUGGAACCCUAACUGGAAAGCAGCCAUGGAUGUUGAUUCACAACCAACAAUGGAGGAAACGAUAUUAGUCGGCGACGAUCUAAUGAUGGGGCCACCGUCUCCUGUCGUCCCACAAGAAAUUGCAUCUCAUGUGCUUGAAGGCGUCGAGUUAUGUGAUGGGAUCUUACGGAAUUUAUUUUUGUGUCUGCAGAUUAAUGAUAUCGAGCCAUUCUGUCAAGAUGAACUUGCAUUAUAUCGACAAUGUGCUGAAAAGAGGGACAAGGAACUAAGGCAACGGCUUCAAGAUAGUGAGAGAAAAUUGGGGUUGUCAAUGCCUUUUGAUCAAGCAAAGGAUAGAGUUGGGAAGCUUGAAUCAGAAAUCACAUCAUUGGAGAGGCGAUUGAUUCUAGCUAGUGGAAUGGAAGGCAUUGAAGGAUUUCGCCAAAGAUGGAGCCUGCACGGUCGACUUAUGGAUACCAAGAAAAGACUGGAAUCGUUAAAACUGGGAGUGGAGAACAGAAAAGAGGAUGAACCAAGCAAAACUCCUACCAGGAAAAGAUGGUUCCUUUGGUAAAUAUUGGUGGAUGCUUGUAAACAAGAAGAUAACACCUGCAAUAAUCGUAGGAGGAUCGAAUUUAUUUUCAACAUCAGUUAA